CACCAAUCACUGCUUUUGUAUCUAAGAGGAUAAGUUAUAUUCUUCAUAAACUGGAACCACAGAAACAUAUAUGUAACCUUUUAGAUCGGAGGGUGGCAAUGAUGGAUUUUCGGUUUAGACUCAUUUUCGCCUUUUUUGUUUUACGAUUAGGCGUAGUUGAGGGUGUCUGCCCCACUGGGUGGCUCCAGUUUGGUGACCAAUGUUACUACUUCAGUGAUGCGUUGUUUACGUGGGGUGAGGCCAGAUCAGCAUGUCAGAAACGACAGGGAGAUCUGGCAAGCGCUGGUACAGUUUCCACACGUGAUUUCCUCACAGGUGUCGUUACUGGUUCUCGAUUCAAUGACAGAAACUUCUGGUUUGGUGCAACCGACGAGGAGAACGAAGGUGUAUGGGUCUGGUCGGACGGCACUCCGUGGGAUAAUUCCAUAGCAAACUGGUCCCCAGGUCAACCAGAUAACUGGCAGGGCCAAGAGAAUUGCGCCCAUUUGAAUGGAGAUGGGCAAUGGAAUGACCAGCCGUGCUGGAAUGAACUGCACUACGUAUGUCAACGUGACGAAGCGAUUCUGGAUAAGUGUAAUAUCGAGGAUGGAUGGCGAGAUUAUAAUGGCAAAUGUUUCAAGUUUGUUCAGACUCCUGGUGAUUGGCUAGGUGCAGAAGCGUACUGUUUGUCAAACGGUGGAAAUCUUGCCGUCAUCGAUUCCCAAGACAAACUUCGACUAGUUAGCGAUACCAUCACAUGCGCUGACAAUUCUAACAAUGUAUGGGUCGGACUCUCAGAUAGGAUUGUGGCGAACACGUACGUUUGGGUAGACAGGUCUCCACUCACUGUUACAAACUGGGAUACAGAUCAACCACAGGGCAUCGUUGAUGGUCAAAAUUGUGUAGAAGUUGUAUCACUUGCUGGAAAUAAAUGGCAUACCGCACUAUGUUCUCAUAAAAGGAAGUUCAUAUGCGAGAAACCGGAAGGUCAAUGUGCCGAAGGUUGGAUAGAAGCGGCCGAUGGAAGAUGUUACCAGGUUAAUUCUCUCGCCAUGACGAGAGCCAGUUGGACUGAUGCAGUGGACUAUUGCGCUCUACAAGGAGCAGGACUUAUAACUAUCGAAAAUGAAGUAGAUCAACGGAUGGCGCAGAUUAUAGGAGGUACACUAGAUGAUGACAAUAUUGGCCAGAUGUGGAUUGGAAUAUCAGAUAGAUACCAGGACAACACAUUCUCCUGGUGGGACAACACUACUGUUGGGUACACAAACUGGGACGCCAACCAACCAGGCAGGGCCAUAAACCGAUUUGAUUGUGGAAUCAUGUUCACAGCUGAUCCAAAUGGAAAAUGGAACACGGGGUAUUGUUUUGAAAAGAAGGCAUUUAUCUGUCGCAUGAGGCUCAUAGACAACAUUGCAAACUCUACAUUGCCACCAUCUUUGUACAGAUGUGAUGAUGAGGGAUGGGAGCUGUUUGGAGAGCAGUGUUACUGGACGAGUCCAACUCAAAAAACGUGGGCAAAUGCUAAGCAGGACUGUACAGAUAAAUCAUCAAUCAUGCUCAAAAUUGAAACCCCAGACCAACAGUCAUAUAUAUCAGGCUCAUUGCGCACUAUGUUGUGGUUUGGACUGAACGAUCAAGAUACAGCAGGGACGUGGAAAUGGUCUGACGGAACCCCUUUGGGAGAUUUCAAAAAUUUUCGACCUAACUUCAAUGAUGCUGGGCGAUGUGGCAUAUUACGUUCAUUCUCCUAUAGUCGGAGUGGAGAAUGGCAGCGGAAUGCGUGUGGGGCAAAUAGAUACUAUGUAUGUCAGAAAGAUGCAACUCAUUUACUGUAUCCUCCGACGACUACGGCAGUUCCACCAACAGCCCCGUGGACGCCAUUGUGUGGACCAAAUUGGAAAUAUGAUCCUUUGUUACAAAGAUGCUAUCAAAUCAAUCCACAACCAAUUCUACCAUGGAGUUUUGCCAGGGCAAACUGUCUAGAUCAGGGAGGAGAUCUUGUCAGCAUCAAUAGUCGCCAUGAAUCAAGCUUUGUUCUCGCCAUGAUGUUCGGUGUUGCAAAUCAAGGCAGCUUUAAGUUCUGGAUUGGAGCCAAUGACAUUGAUGUGGAAGGAGGAUGGGGGUGGUCGGAUGGAUCACCAUUUAAUUAUCACAACUGGAACUCAGGUGAGCCAAAUGACUGGAAUGGCGGAGAGCACUGUGCUGAGACAUCAGCCAACAACUUCGGAGCUUGGAACGACUAUGUAUGUGAUAAUGGCUGUGGUUUCAUAUGUGAGAAAGAGGCCAUGGAUGCAACUACACCUGAACCUACUAGUAUCACGGCUAUUCUAUGCAUAGACACAGCACUUAUAUCUGGUGAUCGAGUUGUACAAGAUGAUCUUCUACAGGCAUCAUCAAAGCAAGAUGACCAGCACGGACCAGAAUUUUCAAGGAUAACAGAAGGAAACAAUGCAUGCUGGUCUGCUGCCGCAAACUCCCAGAAUACGAUGCAAUGGCUAGAGGCUGACUUUAUGGUUCCGACAGUGAUCAAGUCAGUGGCCACAAUGGGAUGUGUUGACAAACAGGAAUGGGUCACAAAGUAUAAAAUAGUUUAUAAAUAUGACGAGGACUCAAAAUGGAUAACAUAUCAAGAAUCUCAAGCCACAGCAAAGAUAUUUAAUGGAAAUGCUGAUCAAACUACAACUAUAACAAAUACUUUUGAGAAACCGUUUGUUGCCCGCUGGGUACGAAUCAUGCCGACAGAAUGGUUCCACGCAAUGUCGUUACGCUGGGAGUUGAAUGGAUGUACAGCAGAGGAGUGCACAUCGCAAGCAUUGGUCUCUGGUGCAGUAAUGGUUUCGGAUUCUAAGCUAACUGCGUCCACAGUAUAUGGACCUGAUAAUACUGCAGCUCAUGCCAGACUCAACUCUGCCAGUUCCUGGGUGGCUACUGUCAAUGAUGACCGCCAAUGGAUCCAAGCAGAUUUUGCAGUAGAACUUAGAGUGACCGAAGUCUGGACUCAAGGAAGACCUGAUCAGAUGCAUUGGGUCACAACAUAUAAACUUUCAUUUGGGAAAGAUGGCUCUGCAUUUAUGAUGUAUCAACAACCAAUGGGACAAAUUAAGAUCUUUGAUGGCAACACCGACCAGAGCACUAUCAAGAAGAACAUGAUCGUGUCUCCAUUUAAAGCUCGGUAUAUGCGCAUACACCCUGUUUCCUGGUACAGAAUGAUCGCCAUCAGAUUUGAGGUCAAAGGAUGCACAAUUGGCUGUCCUUUGACCGCACUCAUUGACGGUCCUAGUCCUGUGGAAGACUAUCAACUAACAGCUUCGUCACAGAGAGAUAUCUACCAUGGACCACAAAGAUCUCGAUUAGAAACAGUUCGAGAUGGCGACUUCAGAGGUGCGUGGACGGCACUCUACACUGACACCCAACAAUACAUUACGGUCGAUCUACCAUAUCCUGUCCAUAUUAAAGGUAUCUCUACUAGAGGACGGCAAGACAGUUUGGAGUGGGUCAAAUCAUUUAAAUUACAAUACAAUAACGGCAACAGUGGGCCCUGGUCUGACUAUUACGAGGAUGGGUCAGUGAAGGUAUUUGAUGGAAAUUCUGACUACAACACAAUUCGAACACAUUUCUUGGGAAGUCCAUUUAUUGGGACAAGUGUGCGACUGUGGCCUCAGACUUGGGAGCGUCAAAUAUCACUUCGCUGGGAGAUUCAUGGAUGUCCAGGACCACAAUCCAGUACGUAUGUUGGUUGUUUUGAUGACCUCGAUGCUGUAAGAGAUCUCCCAUAUGAGCCAAUAUAUGAGGCACCUGGUGGCAUGACAUCUAGAAUAUGCAUCAAUCAUUGUUUUGAAAAGGGUUAUUCAUAUGCUGGUGUACAGGCGGGUACAAGUUGCUUCUGCGGAAAUGAUUUUGGACGUUAUGGUCCAAGUGGUACAUGCACAAUUCUCUGUCCCGGAGAUAAUACCUUCCUCUGUGGUGGAGCAACAGCAAACAGUAUAUAUACAACUGGAAUGGCGGCCGAUGGUUUGAGAUGUCCCUCUGGAUGGAGCACCAAUGGUGAUAUUUGUUAUAGAGCUUUCAAUAACACAGUUGAAUGGGACGACGCACAAAGUGCUUGUGCGACUGAAGGCGGUGAUUUGGCUACAGUAAAUGACGCCUCCUCAAAUAACUAUGUCCUAAGCAUGAUAAGUGAAGUGGGUGAGGAUCUGUGGAUAGGUCUAAGUGACAAGGACUAUCGUCAUGAGUUUGAGUGGGUUGAUCGCACUCGUGUUCUCUAUACAAACUGGAAUGUCGGUCAACCUAAUGGAGGUGGCUCUGAGGUUGCUCAGUGUACAACAAUCACAGCAGGAAAUGGCCGAUGGAAUGAUGAGGACUGUGACCAGAGAUUUAGUUACCUUUGCCAGAAACGCAAAGAGGCUUUACCCACUGACCAAAUCCCAGUGACUGAAAAUGUCUGUGGAACGGGAUGGGUUCCGUGGCAGACAUCUUGCUAUUCGUUCUUCACCUCCCCUCUGAGAACCUGGCAAACUGCGAGUGAUACUUGCACACAACUAGGGGCAUCCUUAGUUAGGAUACAUGACAGAUACGAACAAGCAUUUUUAUCUAAUCAGUUGUCUAGCACUGGACUUGGAUACUGGACAGAUUUGACAGACAGGGAAAUCCCUGGUGUUUACAAAUGGAGCGACGGAAACCCGAAUAUUCCCUUUACACACUGGGCUCCAAAUCAACCGGAUGACAGGGUCGGUGCUUGUGUCGGCAUGGGCACAGGAAGUGAUGCUGGGCUCUGGUUUGAUCGACCGUGUGAGACACCUCUCUCCGCUAUCUGUGAGCGAUUACAACCUGGCCUUACAACGCUAGUGCCUCCAUACACUACCCCGAUAGAUGGAACGUGUCCAAGUGGCUGGAAGGAAUAUGGGAAUUACUGCUAUGAGUUCAAUAGUUAUAUCAUAAAUGACCAGAAGACUUGGACAGAUGCCGUUGACAACUGUAGACAUAAGAAUGCUGAUUUAGUCAGUAUAUGGAGCCAAGAUGAGCAGACAUUCGUGUUUGAAAACCUUCCAAGAACGCAAGAAAAUGAUUUUUGGAUUGGGCUUGAGGCAAAUAUAGACCAGGGAUACACUUGGACGGACGGUUCGCCUGUACUUUUCACUAACUGGAACGAUGGUGAGCCUAACAACCACAAUGGUAUAGAGGACUGUGUGGAAAUGUUAAAAGACGGUGUUGGCAAGUGGAAUGAUAAUUUCUGCAACGAGAGAAGAAACUGGAUCUGUAAAGCAAGAAAGGAUGUUGAUUUUGCCACGCCCGCUACACCAGUUUAUCCAACAGCAGGACCAGAUGGUACUUGUGCUCCUGACAACGAUAACUGGAAAUACUACGACGGCAACUGUUACUUUAUAAGUGACACGGUACAUGAUGAGAGACUCUCGUGGCACGAGAGCGAGAGCAGAUGUCAAGAAAAUGGCGGUCAUCUCUUAUCCAUUCAUUCCGAGCAAGAAGAACGAUUCAUCAUAGGACAGCUAGAAAUUGAUUACUUUGGAAGAGAUAUCUGGAUUGGCCUGAAUGAACUCGACCUUCAGCAUGGAUAUAGGUGGAGUGACAAGUCCCCUACUGAUUAUAUUAACUGGAAUACCAACGAGCCAAAUGACCAUGAUGGUGCCGAGAGAUGUGUUGUGUUCCUCACAAGAACAGGAAAGUGGAAUGAUGAUUUAUGCUCUGUUAUAAACGGAUAUAUCUGCAAGAAAAGGAGGGGAGCACCACCGGUUACUCCAACACCGACUCCUGCCCUCCCUGGCUAUUGUCCAAUAGGCUUCUAUUCAUUUGGGAACAAGUGUUAUAAAGUCUUUAAUGAUUAUGACGAUCGUCUGCCAUGGGACAAUGCACGAGCUCAAUGUCAACAGAAUGGGGUUGGAUUUGAUUUGGUUUCAAUAGGCAGUGAUGUGGAACAAGCGUUUGUGACCACACUCCUAGCUGGAGAAACAACUGCUCUGUGGAUAGGCUUGAAACAACUUCGUGGUGAAUUUACUUGGAUUGAUAAUCACGAUGUAACAUACACUAAUUGGAAUGUAGGAGAGCCAAAUGGAGGAAGCAUGGAAGGAUGUACUGAAGUUCUAAGCGAAAACUUCAAUGCAGGACAAUGGAAUGAUAUCACAUGUAACCAUAUAUUAGGAUAUAUUUGCCAGUCAUACAAGGUGGCAGCUCUUUCAACACCAGCCCCAACUCCGACAUCCUCUUGUCCUGCUGACUUCGUAGCUUUCCAAGAUUCUUGUUUCCACAUCUCCACCACUCCUCGAACAUGGGACCAGGCUAAUAAUUAUUGCAAACUUAAACAAGCUAACAUGGCCUCCGUAAACAGUAGAUUCGAUCAGGCAUUUGUAUACAGUUCGAUUCAAACUGCUGGGGAAACAUGGAUUGGUUUAACAGAUAUUAGGACUCCUGGAAACUUCCGGUGGACAGAUAACUGGCCAGUAGUGUAUACGAAUUGGGGCGUCAACAUGCCAAGUGGCGUCGGUGGUUGUGUCAAAGUCAUGAUGGACGGAACAUGGAUCGAUGGGGAUUGUUCUCAAACUCUACCAGUAGUCUGCAAGACAACAACAGCAACACCUCCAUAUACCCCAUCCCCAAAUGAAGGUCAAUGUAGGUCAAGAUGGACAGCCUUUGGUAGUUCUUGCUAUCUUUUUGGGCAAACCUUAAGUCUGCUUUAUUCGGAGGCGGCAUUUUCAUGCUCAAGAAGUGGAGGAGAUUUGUUAUCUAUCACCAGCGACGAGGAGAAUCAGUUUGUGUACAAUCAUCUCACACAUUCUGCUACUAGUCAAUCCGUGUGGACUGGUCUCUUUAAAUCCAUUGACGGUAACUUCCAAUGGCCCAAUGGCGAAGCAGUGAGUUACACCAACUGGAAUGAUGGAGAGCCCUCUGGGACAGACGGUACAGCGGAGGAAAACUGCGUUGAAAUAUAUGCAGGCAGUGGAAAAUGGAACGAUGUGUCGUGUGACGUACGAAGGGGAUUUGUAUGCAAAAUGCCACAAAUUUAUGACUCUACCCCAACAAGCACUACUGCUGUUAGCACCACUACUCGCAGGUCCACUCCUACGCCUACUAGUCGUGCUACUACUUCAACGGUACCUCCACGUGCGACUACAGUAAGAACAACAUUGGGGAGGUUAACAUCACCAACGACAACUAUUGAAGAAGGCAGAACUGAAGGAGUUAUAACUGCUCCGUCUGGAAUGCCUGGUGGAGAAGUUGCUGCAAUCGUCAUCGGAGUCAUAGCAGCCAUAGCGUUGGUCAUCAUGGCGGCAUUCUUUAUCAGAAACAAAAUGAUGAAUCCAUCAGUGAAAAAGACAAUAGAGAACAGUUUUGAUAACCCCAUGUAUACAACUAACACUGAUAGUGUAACAGUCAAGACCAAAGACAGUCAAAAUAUAUAAAAUAUAGCGCUAUAUGGAUAUGAUAUUGUGCCAUCUCGUGCAUAAAAGGGAUAAAAAUUUCAUGAUAGAGUAAAUAGUUUUCUGUAUAAAUAAGUGCGAAUCAUUCGCAAUAUAAAACACUAUUAUAUACAUUUGUAAUGUCCAUUCGAUUUGCAGCUUGCAUACCUUUGCAAUUUCUUAUAUCUUAGUCCUAUGGUCAUUCCACAUUGAGCAAGCCAUUUCAAUUGAGUAUUUCAUUAUUAAGGUUACAUCACAUACUAAAACCUCUCUGUCCCUGAGUUGAAUUGAACCGUAUUGCCAAGGUUAUCAAUCCCAUUAUCCGUUUCGUCAUCACUUUUCUCAAGGAUUAUUGGUGGUUUAUACACCA